AUGGCCACUGCAACUGUGCGACGACAUCGUCGAGGGAAUGGUAGUCGGCCUAUUAAGCGCGAUCCAGAUUCCUCACUGACGGAGCCUUUUGAGCAAGAGGGACAUGAUGAACAAGAUGCACCUUCGACUUUCAACUACGAUGUGAUAUCGACACUGAAUAACACUAGUCGCAUCUCACGCCAGGAGAGAUCCGAUGCCCCACCGCCUAGUGAGCGUAGCGCGGAGACUGGCCCUUUAUUUCGAGAAGUUAGAAGUCGUCCCGUUGUAAAUGACGUCCCCGUUGGAAGUCCCAUCAGCAAUCACGAUGACAGCUUUUUCCAUACAUCGUUCCAAGACAUCGGCAAGAAGCUCAAGGCUUGCAAUGACACACUGGGCGAGCUGCAACAGCUAGGAGUGUCUCAUGACGUGCAAUUGCCGGAACUGGUCCUUGUUGGCGACCAAUCUGCCGGCAAAUCAAGCCUUAUGUCUGGGCUGGCAAAUCUAGAUCUCCCUCGAAGUGAAGGGACUUGCACACGAUGUCCACUGCAUAUCCGCGUUUCGCGAAACAGCGACUGGUCUUGCCGUGUUUGGCUCCGGAAAGAGUAUUCCUUUGAGCCACCUGCUGACCGACCUAUUGCCGAAUCCGAUGUGACAGAUGCAGACCCCUUCUAUCCUUGGAGAAAGCAAGCUGUCACAGCGGUACACGAGUUCAAAACUAUGCAGGAUAAGAGCCAAAUCGAAGAUGUUUUACGAUGGGCCCAAAUUGCUAUUCUGAACGACGAUAAGCCUCACGGCUUAUUUAUUCCAGGCUCUGGAGGAAUUGCGAUCAACACGCCGAUUGAAGAAGCGGCCGCGGGGACUGUUGCCAAAUUCUCCCCGAACGUCGUGGCUUUAGAGAUCAAAGGGCCUGAUCUACCUGAUUUGUCCUUUUACGACAUGCCGGGUAUUUUUCAGAACCCAGCAGAUGCCAAAGACGACUACUUGGUUAAUGUGGUGCGCAAUUUGUCUAGGGCGUAUAUUCAGCACCCGUCCGCCAUUAUCAUUUGCUCCAUGCCAAUGAAUAGCGAUGCUGAAAACUCAUCUACUUUUGGCCUUACUCGGCGCCUUGGGGCAACGUUGCGUACCAUUGGUGUACUCACCAAGGCAGAUUUGCUUCCAGAGGCUGGAAACCACGACCAGUGGCUCUCUAUCAUGAAGGGCCGUACGCACCACACAGGUCUGGGUUACUUUAUCACCUCCCGCCCUCAAGGCAAAGACCUUGAUGAUCUAAAAAAGUGGGAGGAACUCAUUUUUGAAUCCCGCUCAAUUGGGAAUUGGCCCUCAGGCUUUCACGAAUUCUCUGAUCGAUGUGGUGUUGAGAAGCUGAAGUCGUUUCUCUCUGAGCGACUGGGUGAAGAAUUUGUCAAAAGCCUCCCAAACAUCAAGCACAAAGUCAAAAGCCAUUUAGACAAGAUCAAGAAAGCGCUGGCGACUCUGCCCGAGCUGCCAGAGAAUGUAGAGCUCGAGAUUCAGACUGGGCUCAUGACAUUUGCAGACUCAGCACGGUUCAAGUUGGACGAUUUUAUGAGACACUUCAACACUUUGCCACGCAACUUCCGCAAUUGCCUCCUUGACACCAAGCCCAAGUUUACACUGAAGGACCAAUCUGACUUUCCCGUCUACGAAAUUUCAGACGAUGAAUUGGACACAGCGUCUAUUGCUACAGCGACAGCGACUACUACUCCAACAACAAAGAGGCGCACCGCCCCUGCAAACAUAACCCCAUCCAAACGUCCUCGACUGGACAACCAUUUGAAUGGAGCCUCAUCUAACGGCCAUAUAAAGCCUGAGGAGCAGAACGGGCUUGCUCUUCGUGAGAGCAGUGCUAUUCCUUCGCGGCUCCCUCCUCCACAAGCCAAAAAGGUUCUGUUUCCCGAACCUUUUGCAGAGUUUACCACUAUCGGUCGCGGCUUCCGAACUCUUCGACAAGUACGAGAAGAAAUUGAAGCAAAGAUAAGGUCUGGGAUGCCUGACCGUACUUCGGACGAAGUAUACAUCGAUUUAGUAAUCGAGUCAGUCCGGCCAUGGAAAAAGCCCAUGGAUGCGUUCAUCAAACAAGCCAUGCGUGAUCUCCAGACUGACUUAGAAUCUACCCUCAAUAAGGCCUUGGAAGGUCUCAAAAAGAGGUUUAUCUACCAAGAAGCGAAAAGGCACUUGCGAAAGUUCCUUGAGGAACAUCGCAGACAAACGGAGCAUGACCUUGUUCUGCUCUACAACGACGAAACUCAACGUCUGCUUACUUUUAACGAGACUGCAUUUAAGCAGUACAGGGAUGAAGAACAUAUGGAGCUCACCCGGUUUCGACAUUACAUGCGGCUUAAGGCAGUCGGCCCUGAUCCUGGUAAAUAUGUCCCCGGUGACCAACUUACCGAAGACAAACGAGUGCAAGAUACCAAAAAACGAGAUGCCGAGAUGCUCAGACUUGGCCCGGAUCAGUUCGCGCGGGAGAUCGAGGUAGUGGCGUACGUUAGGGGGUAUUACCGUCUCGCGGCCCUGCGCUUCGCCGAUACCGUAUCUCAGCGCAUUAUCUGUCGCAUGAUUCCCGCUAUCCGGCGUGAACUGCCUUAUUAUUUGUCAGAAAAGCUCGGCAUUCGUGGUCCUUGUGCAGCUAGUGUUUAUGAGAGACUUAUGGAAGAAGACGAGGCCACUGCAGCCAAAAGAGAGACGCUUAAAGUGGAAAAAGAGAAGUUUGAAAAAGCGUUGGCUAGCAUCGAGCAGCUAGAAACUGGUGCCGCCACCGCGGCAAGCAUGUCUAGCAUGGCAAGCGUCAGCAUGACCCAGUCGUCGACGCAGAGAAUUGAGAGCGUGAUGGAUUUAGAUGGUGGUGUUGAAGAGGACGAAGUGUAG